GGGGGGGGGGGCUUCACAAUUUUAAUGGGAAACCAAAUCGACCGCCUCACUCACCACCGCUACGAUGAGGUCCCGCUAAGCGACCCCUCUUACCCGGACAGCGAGAACGGCUCCGCGUGCGUCGACUCGGACACGAACACCGCUUCGUCGCUCGACGUCCGUCAGCUCCACAACGAGGAGGAGGAGGAGGUGGUGGGGGUGAGCAGCGAGACGCGCGCGCACGUGGAGGCUUCAUCCCCGGCGCGCGCCUACGACUACGAGGAGCACGUCCUGCGGGAGGAGCUGCACUUCGCCGCCUACUACGCGGGCGAGUGCAUCUUCCGCAACGCGUCCUCCUCCUCCGCCGCCGCCUCCGCUCCCUCGUCCUUCCUGACGCCCGCGCGUCUCCUCGAGGCAAGCGUGGCCGGAGACCUGCUCGAGUUCACCGCGCCGGGCGGCGGCGGCGGCGGCAGCAGCUGCACGCACUGGGCGGUGAGCACGGGGGACGGUCGCGCCGUCUAUGUGCACCACGGCGAGGUUCGCAGCGACCCCGUGGCCGUGCUGAGCGCCGGGCGGAGGGGUCGCGUCGUGAGCGACUGGUACCGCUUCAAGGCGCAGUCGGCCGAGACGGUGGUGCGCAGGGCGCUGGACCAGGUGCUGCUGCAGCAACAGCAGCAGCAGCAGGAGGCGGUGAUGGUGAACGGCGGCGGCGGCGGCGAUGAAGAUGAAGGACGGCAGCAGGCGCACGGUGCGUCGUGGAGGAACUCGGAGUGCUUCGCGGCGUGGUGCAGGUACGGCAAGAGGCAGUUCAAGUCCGGGCUGGAGUUGCGCAUCGGGAAGACCCCGUACCUGCUCAAGACGCACCUGGGCGACGGCGUGGCGACCACGCAGAGCUUCCAGUGCCUCGAGGACCUCAUCGUUGAGAGGUGGCGCCUCGAGAGGAUCGGGCGAAGUGCGCUCCUCCUUGACUCGGGGUUCGCCCAAACGUGCUGCGGGUUGUAGCAAGAUUCAGGCGUGCUCACCUGGAGGGGUCACUUGGAGUGGUCACCUGGAGGGGGUCACCUGGGCCUGACCUGGACCUCCUGCUGCGACCGCUGAAUGUGUUCACUGCGCCACGAACCUGGCACGACCUGCGUUCGAUCCCCCGCCACGGCUAACAUCGGUGGCCCGCGGCGCCUGAAAUGGCUCUGCAACCCCCCACCACCACCACCACCUCCUCCUCCACACCAUAACUCUGAGGUCGACUCAGCCUUGAACGAGUACCCUAGUGCAGUGUGUGAACGUCGGCAUUGUGGAGACGUGCUUCCUGGUGUGUCUCUGGCCGCAUCCACCUCAAAAAUAGGUGUUCGCUGACAGCGCUUGGCCCGAUGGUCUACGAAACAAAUCGGAGCGCGUUGCGUGUGAGAAAAAUGUGUGUUAUACAAGUUCGAGUGUAUUUUGUUUAACCAGGUGAACGCUCAAAAGACCAAGUUGACCCUCGUGUUCAAGAGUGGCAUCAGCCGCCAGUUGGGGGUCACGAUUGCCGUGCGUCACCCCUAACUGAGUCGUUUGUCAGCGUAAACCUUUGUGCGUGCCGGUGUGUUUAUACUUGCGUUGUAGAUAUAAAUAGACUGCACAUUGUUUGUGUGUGUGUAUGUGUGUGUAUGUAUGUGUAUGUAUGUGUGUGUAUGUGUAUGUAUAUGUGUGUGUAUGUGUGUGUGUCUACAUGACUGCAUACGGCCGUAUGGGGAGCCGUAGUGUAGCGGUUAGCGACGCUGCGCUACGAACCCGGCCACCCGAGUUCGAUUCCCGCUCACGGCCAACAAGCAGCGACGAUUAUCUGAACCGGUCCUGGGCCUCCCCUAUC